GUUUUUGUCUGAAUCAACACUCUCGCUCACUAUCUCUGAAGUACUAAGGACAUGGAAAUCCUUAACUUUCUACUUAAAAAAGUUACAAUGGCCUUUAUUCUAUACCGAACUCAGAGUGUAACAGCGGAUUGGUGGAAGAAAUGCUCGUAAGACAAUAAUGUUUGGUUGGGACUGCCUCGGAGACAAGACAAAGUCCAAUGGUAGGGAUGUAAUGCUGACAUUCUAACGCUGAAAUUAAUAUAUAUUACUUCAUUAAGGUGGGUGAAAGGUUUAGAAUAAUACAUAUCUUGAGAGGUGAUGAUAGACCUAAAGAUGAAGUAUCAAGUUCAGUUGGAAACAACCUUGGUAUAUCACAUGAGACACUUUCCCUUCUUAGCAAUUGCCUAUUAUUAUAAUUAUAGGGGUCCAUAUUAUUUAAUAUUUUUUUGGUACAGAGGUCCAGAUUCAAAACAUGUGUGUGUGUAUUUGAUUUUCAUUUACUAUAUAUUAUUGAGGUGGAUUGACUGUGUCCACAGCAUCCAUAGGGGCUUUGACCAGUUUUAUCUCCAACACUUGUUCCCUCAUCAUCAAAUGGCAAAGAAACAUGUCAAAUACUACGUGGUUGAUGCAUUCACCGAUUCAGCAUUCAAAGGGAAUCCAGCAGCUGUGUGUUUAUUAGAAGAAGAUAAAGAUGAUGAAUGGUUGCAAUCAGUAGCUGCUGAAUUCAACAUCUCGGAAACAUGUUAUCUGACUUCUAUUCAUGGAACCUCUAUUCCUCGUUUUGGUCUUAGAUGGUUUACUCCUGUUGUUGAGGUUAAUCUUUGUGGCCAUGCUACAUUAGCAGCUGCACACACACUGUUUUCAUCUGGUUUGGUGGACAAGAAUGUUAUUGAAUUUGUGACACUGUCUGGAGUUUUAACAGUUAGAAAGAUCCCAUCGAUGGAUGUGACUGGUGUGCCGAAUUUGCUGAAUAGUGAAGCUGCAGCUGGAUUUUAUAUUGAAAUGGAUUUUCCUGCUUACCCUGUUGCAGAAUUCAAUUCUGAUGAUACUUCACUCAUUUCUGAGGCAACAAAUGGUGCUUCCAUAAUUGAUAUAAAGAAAACAGGAGAAGAUUUACUUGUUGUGGUCGCAUCUGGAAAAAAUGUCACAGAAAUACAGCCACAACUGGAUGCAAUUGCUAAAUUACCUGGAAGGGGAUUAAUUGUUACCGGGAUUGCUCCUCCAGAGUCUGGAUUUGACUUCUACAGUCGAUUCUUCGCCCCAAAAUUUGGAAUCAAUGAGGAUCCUGUUUGUGGGAGUGCCCACUGUGGCUUGGCAUCCUAUUGGAGCAAGAAGCUCGAAAAAUGUGAUUUAAAGGCUUAUCAGGCAUCAACUAGGGGAGGAGUUCUCAAUAUUCAUAUUGAUGAACAGAAACAAAGAGUGUUUUUACGUGGGAAGGCUAUUACAGUUAUGGAAGGGUGUGUUUUGGUCUAAUCCAAUUCUUAACAUUGCAGUCAAAGUAGUAGCAAACUUGCACUCAUAGCAGAUGUGUUUUUUAAACUCUUGUGUAACAUUGAAAAAAAUAUACCCAACUUCCAAAAUCCAUGUUGGGGUGAUAAAUAAAUAUUCUAAAAUUGGAUUUUCAUUUUUGAUACUUGAAUCCUCAUUCAAGUUAAUGACUUGAAUAAAUAAAUACUUUGUGCUGUACUUUGUUCAUGAUAUGAAUAGUGUGUAUGGAUCCUAUUUGCACA